CGUGAACGUUAAUACUACUACGUACUAAUAAAUCGGUUUCACCGGCUGGCAAUUAAAUCGGAAAAAAAGAUAACGGGCCGGGCUCGGCUAUGAAAACAAUAUAAAUACCGUCAAUCGGCUAGCGACUUGGACCAUAUACCUUCAGUACCACCUACCCGCGCAAUCGUACUGCUGUUCAUUCAUACUCUCAAACUUUCACGACUAUACGACAACAUGGAAGAAUUCUUUGUCGGAAAAAAGUUCAUCGUUACCGGUGCCAAUGCAGGAAUUGGUGAGACGAUCACUAAACGUCUAGUGCAAUUGGGUGCUCACGUUUUCGCUGUAGGACGUGACCCAAAGAAAUUACCACCGGCCGGACCUAACUUAACUCCAGUUUGUGCAGAUGUAGGUGAUUGGAACUCAUAUGAUAUUAUUAAGAAAUUGGGACCAGUCCAUGGAUUGGUGAACAAUGCUGGAGUUGCAUUCAUUGAAUCUUUCUUUGACAUGACACAAGAAGGAUGGGACAAAACAUUAAACAUCAAUGCAAGAGGAAUCGUUCGCAUAAGUCAGGCAGUAGCACAGAACAUGAAGGACGCUGGAAUUAAAGGGUCCAUUGUUAACGUGUCCUCGACAAUUUCUGAAAGAGCUAUUCCAGACCAUACGUCAUACUGUGCAUCAAAAGGUGCAGUCAAUCAAGUGACAAGAGUUAUGAGUAUCGAGUUGGGAAAAUUGGGUAUCCGUACCAACAACGUCAACCCGACUGUGGUUAUGACAAAAAUGGGUGCUAAAGCAUGGUCAGAUCCAGAGAAAUCUAACCCAAUUUUAAGUAGAAUACCACUUGGACGAUUUGCUGAGUGUGAUGACGUCGCAAAUGUCACUCUAUUUUUGCUCAGUGACUAUUCUACCUAUGUAAAUGGUGUUUCAAUUCCAGUAGAUGGUGGAUUUUUGGCCAGUUAAACAUGGAUUACUCAGGAAACAACACUGCUCAUAUCACGAAUGGUCUGAAUAUUAUUACAAGAGAAUAUAGUUGAAUUAUUUUAACUUUAAAACGAUAACGAUUUAAAAAUGUAACUUAAUUAAUUUUUUUACUUGAUUGUUUAAUUUAUACUUCACAAGUUGUUAAUUAUUUUUUGUAAUACGUGUCCAAAAAAAAAAAAAAUUAGCUUUAAACUGUCUUUGCACGUCAAAUUUAAAUAGAUAUACAUGAUUAUACAUUUGUUUCAUUUUUAAGAAUAAAAUGAAAUUUUAGUUUAUUA